AAUUAGCCCUACUCCGGACUGACUUAACUAUGCGUCGACGUAAUAACAAAACUGAAACCCUUUAUCCGCCGUCUGAAAUGGAGGAGCAGGAGUUCCGACGAAUUCUCGAUCUCUUUCCGGUCGUUCGAUCGCGAGACUAUUGCUUUCAGGAUGGAUCCGGAAAAGCAUCAAGCUCACACUCCACAGAAGAGGCAACAGAGUUGGUCGAAGGCUCAACUGAGUUGGAUAAGAUGGAUGAACUGAUAGAAAGUGAAGGUGAAAGGAAAGUAGAUGCAUUUUGGAGCAAGUUGCAAGCAGCAGCCGAAAGGAAGGUUGGUUCAGUAAAAGCUAAAAAGUUCUGUUUAGGAUUGAAGUUAAUACACCAGGAACUGGUGAACAAGGAACUGGGUUUGGAGUCUGCUAAAAGAUACCUUGUUACAGACAAACAGACAUGAUCUGAACAGACUUUGCUCUGAGGUAAGAGCUGAUAAGGUUGGCCGGUUUGGUCACCUUCAUAUGAUGAAAAUGCUGCUAGAGAUGAUUUGAGAGGUCGCUUGACGAAACCUAUUGAAUUUGAUUUUUUUCUUUUUUUUUUCUUUUUACAUAAAAAUGGUCUCAGAAUUUUAUUCUGCAGCACAGAUCAAAUACUUUUCGGAUACGAAGUUCAUAGAUGUAAGGGCUCUAGUCUAAUACUGGCUCUAGUCUAUUAUAUCCGCAUUUCAGUUAUUGUUUUU